GCACGUGGAUCCCUCCCUGAUGCUGACAGUUGCCCUCGCGCAUGCGCAUUGGGAUGAAGGGAAUUUUCAACAGCUGAGGAGGCGUACCUAGCUAGAGGGGCUAACACUUUAAGGUUGGAGAUUGGCGAGAAAGAACCCUUCUGUUGACAAUGGCUCUUCAAGAUGAUUGACCUCAAACCACAUUAAUCUUACUCUUAUUUAACAGAGCAAAUAUCCUCAUUUUCUAAAUUGGUUUGUGUUGCACUGACCUGUUUGUCUGGAAACAAGUUAUGCUUUGAGACGAAGAAGAGAUGUCCAUACAAAGACAACCGUACAAGAUACUGCAUUGCUCCACCAACUGGGGGAGGGGUUGUGUUUAGAUGAUGGACUACUGAGUCCAUCUGUUCUCCUUUCUCCAAAACAUAGCAAUUUAGCAUGAGUCAAUGUACCAAAGUCAGUUAUUCUUGCCGGAAAUGGGGCUCGAAUGUGGCAUCCAAAUUCAAGGUGUGCCUAAAGGGCUAAGGCUCUCUGUAACUUUUGAAUGAUAGUCUGUUGCAAAUAAUGGAUGCCAAGUUAAGAGAGGACCUGUUUCGGAGGUAUGUGACUGCACUGGAAAAGCGUCUGGAGGGGGGAUAUACGGGGAAUGGCACAACACUGGACAGAGACAAAAACAGACACAAGGAAAGCGAGGCCCUGCUCUCCACGGCCACGGCUCUGCUCGGAGCCUAUCAGCCUGAUCCUGGACAACGAUUCCGCAUGGUGCGUUUCUACGAGAUGGUGGAGAACUCUCUCCGAUGCCAGAGAGGAGGCAGCCUGAAGAGCCUGGAGAGGGCCUUCCAAACUCUAGAAACCAUCUGCACUAAUCUCCUGCUCUUCCCUUGGAAAAAAGAGUUCCGAUGUAUAAAGACCUUCACUGGCCCAUAUGUGUACCAUCUGCAGUCUGCCAUUUCUGAUGCUGAACUCCGAACACUAAUGCGUACCAUUGGAUAUACCUGUGACCCUGAUUCCCAGUUCCGUUUGCUGGACCACCCGGGCGACUCGGAUCAUCUCCGCCAGUUAGCCUUUGAGCUGUUCUUGGCCCAGGCAGAGUGUCGUCUUCUCGGGGAGGUUGUGGCUCUCGCCCGCGGUGCAGCCUCGGAGCUCGAAGCGCUGGAACUCCGCCGGGGUUGUAGAGACGAUGCUGCUGGCUGCGCCGAGGCACUGCGCAGACGCGACAGCCUUGGGGCAGAUAUUUCUCGCUUGUCUGUUCGACCACUGGAUAUAGAAAGGCCUCAUACCCACCACCUGAGACGAAGCAGCCGCCCAUCCAAGUCUGUGGAUGUUACGGAUGGCGCAGGUCACUGGCAUCCCGCUAUUAACAAGCCUGUUUUGAAGGCGUCAUUGAGCCUUAGGAAGGAGCCUUUAUUUGUAGAUGCAGAGGAGGAUAUGAAGGAUGAGAUCAUCAGGCCCAGCACCUCUGCAUCCUUUUUCUCUAUCGCAGCUCCCCCUUCCUACAGCCCCGUUGCAGACUUUUUCCCAAUGCAGUCACCUCCGCCAGUUGACCCAUACGCAUCGUACCAUAUGUCGUCCUUGGACGACAUCGACUUGUACACCGAGAGAGGUGGCGUUGGAACAGUAGGAAGGCAAACUCCAUCUCGACCACCAUCUAGAGAGCCCCGUGAGGCCAGGGAUAGCUGGCUACUGAAAGCUCACGGUAGUGUGAAGUGUCAGGGUUGUGGACUGGCAUGUUCCACAAUGGCGUCCUGUCAGAGGUGCGACAUGAUUCUUUGCUCUGCUUGCCAUGACGUAGACCCAUCCCCCUGUUGUGGCCUCCAGGAAUAUCACCCCAAAUCCCCACGCCCCCUUGACGGAUACAUUCCUGUGAAGGAAAAGUUGUCAGUCUACUCAAAUGCUCAAUCACACCCCCAUCUCCAUCCGCACCCCCUAACCCUAACCCACUCUCAUCCCCAUCCUCACCCCCAGAUGUUGGAAAAACCCCUCAUGCCCACCAAACUGUUCCCUAGCAAGUCAGUUGCUAUGACAACGCCAAAGGCAGGGAGCACAGAGCGUAUAAGCAUUGGGGGCUCACGAUGCGGGUUUUGCAACAAGCCAGGUGCAACACACACCUGCGUAAACUGCUCUAAGGUGUCUUGUGACUCUUGCAUGGGGUUAUAUGCGAAAGAUAUGUGCACACGAAAGAAUCCUCAGCACAACUUUGUGCCCAACCAUCAACUCAACUUCAAAUCUGGCACCAUAUCACACUUGGUGUACCGAUGAAACAGUCCAGUCCUUAUAUCCAAUGUAGUUUUGCACUAUUGAUUCGCCUUAGCUUAAAUAGUUAAUUCUUUGGUUUCUGUGUUGAUCUGCUGGUUGCUUCUUGAACCUGUACAUUUCCACUCCCUGACAGUAGGCCUGUGGAAUACACAUGGAUAGAAACAUAUCAUUAUCUCUGCUCUCUGCUAGGCAUGGGCCGGUGUGAGAUUCUCAUGAUUUGAUUGAAAAAAAAAUUGAUCCUCUGAAGAUUUCACCAGUUAAAACAGAAGCAUUAGAUCAAUCUGUAGGAACAGAACUAAGGAAAUUCCCUUUGUAGUUAUAAAAUCUCUUUUAAACUCCUUAUAACCCAUUACCUGUAACCGGCCCAUGCCUACUCUCUGCCUUGUAAAGCUGCAAGCAUUUUCCCUGAUUCUCAUCAGUUUAAACAGCUCAUAUGCUUUUGGGCAUCUUGUUUUUUUUGCGUUUCCUGUUGUUCUCAGAUUUUUAUUCUUUUCAAGGCGAAAACUGGACAAAGUGGCUAAAUUACAUCUCAUUCUAAAUAAAAUCCAUGCUAAUGAACACUAUAUUCUUCGCCGAACUUCUCAUCUAAAAGUUCUUCUAAUAUAUGAAUAUAUAAAUAAAUAGAAACACUAUAUAUUUAUGUAUGAUUGUGUGUAUGUAUGUGUAGAAAAGACCUCUGAGCUUGCCUAAUAGUAAAAUAUGUUUUAGAAAACUUGAAAAAUGUUGGAAAAAAAGUUAACACUGGAAGUCAUUAACUCUGUUCUCUCUAGGACAAUGUGAGACUGUUCAAUGGGCCUGAGAUCUGCCGUUGGCAUUCUCUGAUGUGCGUCGUACAUAUGUUGGAAUAGAGUGGAAGAUAUCCUAAAGAAACAAAUAUAUUUAAAAUAUUCCUUGUAAAUUUUACCCUGAAAUAUUUGUGAUUUUUGUAUUUUCAUGGCUCAGUUUUAAAAGCUGCUGUGAAGUAGAGAAGUUAAAGAUGUUUGGCACUAAUUUCUGUCAGACAGUUGGGAGUCAGUUACAAGUCGUGUCCCGUUCAUUAAUACACCCAAACCGCACAUAUUUCAUCAGGGGGUUCACGGGAAAUCUAAUGCUGGUUAAAGACGUUAAAUAUUGGUUGGUUUUAGGCAGUAUGAAGAUUUAUGCUCCUCAAUGGUUUGUCUACCUCGAUUGAACAUCAGCUUUCAUGCAGUUGGACAUUAUGGAUUCUACUUAGCCUCAACAUCCACAGGGGGAAAAAACGAAGAACAAAUCAUUGAAUUAGUAAAUUGUAACUGAGUAGUUAUGUUUUAACCUCUGAAAAAUGUACAACAAUGUAUAAGCAUUUAUUCAGAAUAAGCUGAAUAAUUAACAAAACAAAACCUGUAAAUUGUAAACCUAUAAAGAUGCUUCUUUCCAUUUAAAAAGAAAGUAGCAAAGCCUACCGGUAAAACAUUUUUCCUGAUGCAGCUUAGAGCAGCACUGUCACCAUCUCAGAGUUGUGGUGAAUUUAGACUUGGAUUGCCUUCUUUUGCUGACAUAUUUAACACUGAUAGCUUUGCAAAUAAGUAAGUAAUUAGAUUUUAACUAAACUGCUUUUUUUAGAUGCACCAAUCAAUGGUAAGACACUGGAACUUAAACAACUUUCCCUUGAUUAUUUUGGUGAUCAGAUGAUCAAUUCAGUUUAUGAACACAUAAGCAUGUAGCUUCAUACAUAAAGGAUAGGCAUUAAUUCUUACAUUAAUGAGGUUAAUUUAAUUCCUGUAUUUUUUGUUGGUUGUAAAACUAUUUCCUUUGUGAAAAAACCUGAUGAUGAUUUUUAUACAUCAAGAAAAUUGAAAUUUACUCAAAGAAAACUGAAAAUCUAUAUUAGGAAAAGGCUGAUUUGUGCAUCUCACAAUUUAUGAUAUAUGUUUUGUACUGACAUUUUUACCAUUGAGCACACCAUGUGUAUUGCAAGUUUACAUUAAUUUGGGUUCUUGAAAUCUCUCCCUUUGCUGUAAAACACUCAGAGCUGCGCCAGAUCUGUUGUUACAUAGCUGGGUGGCGGAGGUAUACUGCCUAGGUUUAAACAUUAGCCCAUACUUUAAUGGGUAUCUGUAGUGUUUACUCUUGUUCUCCAUAUUCAAAAUCUAUAGUUACCAAGGGCUAAUUUUCAGUCACUUCUCAUAAGAAAAUUAGUCUGAAUCAUUUUGAAGGACUUCUUGGCUGUUUGAGCCUUUAUGUGCUGUCAGGAUUAACCUCUGAAUGCCUUAAGACUGUAUAGCUCUCUUAUCAGAUAAAUUUCAAUUUAUUUUUUAAUGUUAUCAAAGCUAUGUUUUAGCAAUCAGUUAUUCAGAAUAAUUAUUGAAUCAUCUGGCUCCAAAUGUAAAACUCAUUUCUGCAACCUAGAAAAUAUGAAUUAGAAUAUCAGAAACAGAGAUAUUUUUUAAUUGCAUCUUAAACUUUUAAAAAAAAGAAUAUUGUACACUUGUAAUUAUAUGUCUAAGAAGUUAAAUUUGUUUUCUCUUUAAAUGUUUAAAAAACUGACAUUGGAUUUGGGAAGGAUUGUCUAAUGUUAAGCAUUUUCUUCUCGACAAACCCGAAGUCAUGUGUUGUCUUUAUGCAUAUUAAAACAGAUAAAGGGACGUUUUGAUAUCCAUUUGAUGUAGAAUGAAGGCUUUUUUUAGAGAUGUGGAUAUUAGCGAAACUCGUGUGUCAAAGAGUCUUGUGACCUUUGGGGGGAAAUGUGCAAUUUGUUUUUCAUCCAGCCAAGCCUUUUGAAAUGUUUCAGCGUUGUAUUUUUGUAGCUUUGUUUGCAGUUCAUAACCAGCAUCAACAAGGACUUUCAGAAUCAUUGAGCCAUGUGUCCAGAGUGAUCAUUUUGCCAAAUGAAGAACAACUCUGUCUCUGGAGUGAAAAUAAAUACAUUGUAUGGCUUAUCUUGAUGUGAAGCUAAUGAAACAUAUAAAUCUGUUAUUUUUCUUUUAUUUUUUUUUUUAGUUUUUGUUUGUAGAUGUUAGGCUUUUUAAAAAGCCUAAGAAGAACAUCAUCAACAUAGCCACUUGCACUCCAUUUGAUGUGGCUCUGACUGUAAACAAUAGACUGAUGACUUGUGUUGGUCACUACAAAGGGCUUAAUGGUCUUGAUGGCUGCCUUUAGAUUAGUGGGCCCUAUUUCAAAGUUUAAAUGAGAAACUGACUGUGGAGUUUACAUUCAUAGAUUAUCAAAUACUUUUUGGAAAGACAUCUUAAUGUAAUACAUCAAUCUCUUACAAUAUGACUGGUCUGAUGUACACCAAAAUACUCAAGACAUUGUGUAAGAUGAUAUUGCCCUUACCUUUUGUGUGAUUAUUAAUACUGGUGGUGUAGUUAGGUUGCUUCAUUCCCAGUUCCCGUAGCCUUUCUCCUGGCAUGCUCUGUUCAGAACCGUUCCCAAACACCCACCCACCUUGGCAAGGUUCACCGCACGACGUGGGGGUAUGUGACUUAAGAUCAGUUUAUGGACAUAAACGGGGUAGAAAGGGAAAAUAGCCAAAACUGUUAAUUGGUGAAUAUUAUAUAUAUGUAUAAAUAUAUACAUACCUAUAUAUAUGAAAAUAUACAUGUAA